AUGUCACAGCCAUGGGAUUACAUCGCUAAGCUUGUCUGUAUUGGUGACUCUGGGACUGGAAAGUCUAGCUUGACUAUUCGGCUUUGCGAAGGACGCUUUUCAUCUUCCCACGAUGUGACCAUUGGUGUGGAAUUUGGAUCGCGUAUUGUUCCAGUUGGACCACCUGCUUCAAAGGCCCUAAAUAUAGAAUCAGACACCAAGCCUCGCACCCGUUCCUUUUCGUCGCCGGUAGCUCUAGAUGCCACAGAGGAGCCCAUCGUUUCCGGUUUACCUAAUCCCCCAAGAAAAACAGCCGAGUCUCAGAAAAAGAUGAAGUUAUCACUUUGGGAUACAGCAGGGCAGGAAACGUACAAAUCGAUCACCCGGUCUUAUUUUCGCGGUGCCUCUGGUGCUCUGCUUGUGUUCGAUAUAACGAGACCAUCUACGUUUACUUCAUGCACACAGUGGUUGCAGGAUUUGCGGCAAAUUGCGGAAGAAGGAAUCGUAGUCAUUCUGGUCGGUAACAAAAGCGAUCUGGCCGGUGAUGAUUCGGAGCGGAAUCAGAGGCAUGUUACGAGACGAGAGGCGGAGGAGUGGUGCCGCAUGAACAACGUCGUACGCUACGUUGAGACCAGUGCAAAGUCUGGUGAUAAUGUCGAGCGUGCGUUUCUUGAGGUUGCGGAGAGAAUUUAUCGAAACAUCGAGGUGGGCAGGUACGAUUUGAAUGACCGCCGAAGCGGAGUGAAGGGCUUCGGCGCUACCGGUGGGGGUAACACUAAUGUCCCGACAACUGUCACUCUAGGCUUGAACGAUGCGAUGCGCAGGGGCGGAAAUGCAUGGCCUGGAAACUGUUGUUGA